AAGUCACCACGUAAGCAAUCCAUGAUGAGACUCGCAACGCUGCUCGUGCUCACUGCGGCUUGUAUCUCUGCCCAGGAGGUUCCCACGUCUGCCGCAGAGCCUUCCACCACUCCUUCAGUCUCCAGUGAACGUCUAGAUCAUUGCGCAACGCUCGGAUUCGACGCCGACGCACUGGACUGCCGCCUUUGCGACGAUUUAUCGACAUUCUUGACCCCCCGAGCGUCGAAAAAGAAGUUGAAGCAGAAGAGUGUGGACAAAGUGACUAAAGAGUGUCAAGAAUGCUGCUCAGAUUUCUCCAAAGUGCUGGAAGCUGAAGGGCGACGAUACCCUAAAGUGGCACUAGCAGUCGACCGACGCCGCCUAAAGAGGUACCCGAAAGUGGCAAACUUUGUGGACCACCAAGCCGAGAACAUCAAGAGACUGGAGGUGCAGGAAACCAACCCGAGACUCCCCAUGCUGCAGUUCUUCGAUGAAGAAGGAGAAAAGAUCGAGGAGAUCAGCGUGGCCCACUGGGAUGAAAAUUCCAUUGCCGAAUUCAUUGAGAACAAACUGCUACCUGAGGAAGAAAACGAGGGAGAAAUCGUCGAGAUGGAAGUGAAAGCUGAUAAGCCGUGAAGUGGUAAAAAUUUGGUCCAGAUGAGCCAAAAUUUGAAAAGAUGAAGUGUGCUGAAUUGACUGUGUUUUUUUUUAAUGUGAUACUUGUUAUUCUGGAGUUUCAGGACGGUCGGAGCGCUCGAAGUCGCUUGAGCUUGGUGGUCUAGAUUGCUGGAUGCGUGGAGUUUGAGAUGUUAGAUUGACCUUGAAGUGAGGUUUCUUUCUGAGAUUUCUGGGCCGGCAAGGAUGACGAAGAAUGUUGCCUGAUGUUGAGCCUUUCGUGGUAGUUUGUCCAUGUUCAGAUGAUGGAUUGACUGCUUCUUCGACGUCAUCGUACACCUCUGGAACUUGUAGAUCGUCUUCGCAGUAAACCCGUAGGAUGCGAGAAGUUAGCGCUGGUAGCGGUACAAACCGAUGAAAAGCCUGCAGCAUGUCGAACUCCUCUUUAGACAAAAUCAUUUCACAAUUCGCAGAGCCCAAGACGAGAUCGCCUUCGUCGGUGCUCGCACGGACUCCUCGCGUGUUUUUCCUAGCCAUUGGAGACUUGUGUUUGAAAUACGAGC